AUGGCAUUCCAAGGCAUGGUCUCGGGAGCUGAAUGCUCCACAAGCGGAAACGCCAUGCGUCAGUUCACAAAGCACUUCAACCAGGACACUUCCUUGCAGAGGGAACGCUUCGGAAACGCCCCACAAGCCUCGGGUCCAUCUAUGCGCACAGCACGCCCUGUCAUGGGCGGCGACGAUCAACAGCUUUUGGACGAGUUUUUCCAACAGGAGAAUCAACAGGGAGACCCUGGCUCGUUCAGAUUCAACGACAUGCACCAAGAACUGUCUGCUAUGCACCACGAUCCUGGCUUUGCAGGCGCUGACUGGUCGCAGGAGUUUCAAGGACAUCAACAGGGAGCUCGCCUUUUCGAGCUGAACCCAGAAGAAGAAGCUGCGUUCUCAGCCGCUUUCCAACAACACCAACCUCCUCCUCAUGAAUGGCAGGAAGAGUUCAUGCAGCGUGAGCACGUUGUAGGCGAUAUGCCAGCAGAAUUCGAGGCCGCGUUCCAAAAGAAUUUUGAUUGGGCUAACGAGUUUGCUCUGGUGGAGGGCAAGGGCAAGGGACGGGCAGUCGAUGCUAACCAGGCUUCAUGGGAGGCUCAGUUCGAGGCCGCACAGCUCGGCGGUGAGGCAGCCACUGCUAACCCUAUCAACUUUGACGAGCAUGAACAGCUCGAGGAUCUCUGGAACACACUCAAGGACAAUUUGACCGACUCUGAGGAUGUGCAGAAUAUCUUGGACGAUCCCUCUAGUUGGGAGAGCGAGUUCAAUGCUGUUGUCGCUCCUCAGCUGGGACCUUACCAAUUCGAGCCCAACAACCACUACUUGACCCACCCCGAUCCCAUGGCCGAGGGUAUUCGUCUGACAGAGGAAGGUGGUAGUCUUUCGGAGGCUGCCUUGGCAUUUGAGGCCGCUGUGCAGCAGGAUGAUUCCAACAGCCGCGCAUGGAUGAUGCUCGGCAAUGUCCAGGCCCAGAACGAGAAGGAGGAGCCUGCUAUCCGCGCCCUCGAGAGAGCCGUUCAAGUCGACGCCAGCAACUUGGAUGCUUACAUGAACCUCGCUGUUAGUUACACGAACGAAGGAUACGAUCAUCAGGCUUACUUGACAUUGGAGAAGUGGCUCGCGACCAAGUACCCCGACGUUAUUGCCGCCAAUGGAACUUCUGCUCCGUCCGUCAGCUCCUGGGAGACCCAUGGACGUGUCACAGACCUAUACCUGCAGGCCGUUCGCAAUGGCGCCAAUGGUGCCGAUAUGGACGCAGAUCUCCAGGUCGGACUUGGUGUGUUGUUCUAUGGUAGCGGCGAAUACGAGAAGGCAGUCGACUGCUUCGUGGCCGGUCUCAAGGUCCGUCCUAGCGACUACUUGUUGUGGAACCGUCUGGGAGCUACUCUGGCCAACAGCGGGCGGAGUGAGGAUGCGAUCGAGGCGUACCACAAAGCUCUUGAGAUCAAGCCGUCGUUUGUCCGUGCCCGUUACAAUUUGGGAGUGUCGUGUAUCAACAUUGGAUGCCACAAGGAGGCGGCAGAGCAUCUGUUGGGCGCAUUGAGCAUGCACCAGGCCGAUGGCGAGGGUGGUGGAGGAGAUGGAUCGGUCAAUGUCAGUGUCAACCUGUGGGAGACCCUUCGCCGAACUUUUAUGAUGAUGAACCGUAGCGAUCUCUCGGAGCGUGCUCUUGUUGGGGCAGACAUUAACCAAUUCCGUAACGAGUUUGAGUUUUAG